UUGCAGGGUGUCUGAGCUAAACUUCACCAAAUAAUAGCUGUUUGUAUUUUGGCUGCUGCAGGAGCCAUUUUAGAAAUAAAUACCUUAAUAGAUGAAAAUGAAAAUACAGAAGAAAGAGAAGCAGUUGUCAAAUUUAAAGGUUUUGAAUCACUCCCCAAUGUCUGAUGCCUCUGUCAAUUUUGACUAUAAAUCCCCAUCCCCAUUUGACUGCAGUACUGAUCAGGAAGAGAAAAUUGAAGAUGUUGCCAGUCACCGUCUGCCCCAGAAGGACCUGUAUGCUGCUGAAGAGGAAGCUAAUACCCUUUUUCCUAGGAAAAUGAUGUCCCAUAAUGGGAUGGAGGACAGUGGAGGUGGAGGUACUGGAGUAAAAAAGAAACGGAAAAAAAAGGAGCCAGGAGAGCAAGAGGGUGCAGCAAAGGGAAGCAAGGACAAGGAGCCCAAGCCAAAGAGGAAGCGAGAACCUAAAGAGCCAAAGGAACCCAGGAAGGCCAAGGAGCCGAAGAAGGCCAAGGAGCCCAAGGAGCCCAAGCAGAAGGAUGGUGCAAAGAAGGCACGGAAGCCCCGGGAGGCCUCAGGCACUAAGGAGGCCAAAGAGAAGCGGAGCUGUGCAGAUUCUACAGCCAGGACUAAGUCCAAGAAGGCCAGCAAGGAGCAAGGACCAACCCCAGUGGAGAGAAAGAAGAAAGGAAAAAGGAAAAGUGAAACCACAGUGGAGAGUUUAGAGCUGGAUCAGGGCCUGCCGAACACAUCCCUGCGGAGUCCUCAGGAGUCCACUGAGUCUGCAGACAGCCAGAAACGACGCUCAGGACGACAAGUAAAACGCAGAAAAUAUAACGAGGACCUGGACUUCAAAGUAGUGGAUGAUGAUGGGGAAACAAUUGCUGUUCUUGGAGCUGGCCGAACAUCUGCACUCUCAGCUUCUACACUGGCUUGGCAGGCAGAGGAGCCUCCAGAAGAUGAUGCAAACAUCAUUGAGAAGAUCCUGGCAUCUAAGACUGUCCAGGAGGUUCACCCAGGAGAACCUCCAUUCGACCUAGAGCUGUUCUACGUUAAGUAUAGAAAUUUUUCCUACUUACAUUGUAAAUGGGCCACAAUGGAAGAGCUGGAAAAGGAUCCUCGCAUCGCACAGAAGAUCAAGCGAUUUAGGAAUAAGCAAGCCCAGAUGAAGCACAUUUUCACAGAGCCUGAUGAAGACUUGUUCAACCCAGACUAUGUAGAAGUGGAUCGCAUCUUGGAAGUGGCCCACACCAAGGAUGCAGAGACAGGGGAGGAGGUGACACAUUACCUGGUGAAGUGGUGCUCCCUGCCAUACGAAGAAAGCACUUGGGAACUGGAGGAAGACGUGGAUCCUGCAAAAGUUAAAGAAUUUGAGUCUCUUCAAAUUCUCCCUGAAAUUAAGCACGUGGAACGGCCUGCUUCAGACUCCUGGCAGAAACUUGAGAAGUCUCGCGAAUAUAAGAACAGUAACCAACUUCGGGAAUACCAGCUUGAGGGAAUGAACUGGCUUCUUUUUAAUUGGUAUAACAGAAAAAACUGUAUUUUGGCUGAUGAGAUGGGCCUAGGGAAAACCAUCCAGUCCAUCACAUUCCUUUCAGAAAUAUUUCUUAGAGGAAUCCACGGCCCUUUUCUCAUCAUUGCCCCUCUCUCCACCAUCACUAACUGGGAGCGAGAGUUCCGGACGUGGACAGAGAUGAAUGCCAUUGUGUACCAUGGCAGCCAGAUCAGCAGGCAGAUGAUCCAGCAGUAUGAAAUGGUGUACAGAGAUGCACAGGGAAACCCCCUCUCAGGAGUCUUCAAGUUCCACGUUGUCAUCACAACAUUUGAGAUGAUCCUGGCAGAUUGCCCAGAGCUGAAGAAGAUUCACUGGAGCUGUGUGAUAAUUGAUGAGGCCCACAGAUUGAAGAAUAGGAACUGCAAACUUCUGGAGGGGCUAAAGCUCAUGGCUCUGGAACAUAAAGUACUGCUCACUGGAACACCUUUGCAGAACUCUGUGGAAGAGCUCUUCAGUUUGCUAAAUUUUUUGGAGCCAUCACAGUUUCCUUCAGAGACUGCUUUCUUGGAGGAGUUUGGAGAUCUGAAGACAGAGGAACAGGUAAAGAAACUGCAGUCUAUCCUAAAGCCAAUGAUGCUUCGGCGCCUGAAAGAUGAUGUGGAAAAGAACCUUGCUCCCAAACAAGAGACAAUCAUUGAAGUAGAACUUACCAAUAUCCAGAAAAAGUACUACCGUGCCAUCCUGGAGAAAAACUUUUCCUUCUUGACCAAGGGAGCAAAUCAGCACAACAUGCCCAAUCUUAUCAACACUAUGAUGGAGCUGAGAAAGUGCUGUAACCAUCCCUACCUGAUCAAUGGGGCAGAGGAAAAAAUUCUAGAAGAUUUCCGAAAAACCCACAGCCCUGAUGCCCCUGAUUUUCAGCUACAGGCCAUGAUUCAGGCAGCAGGGAAGCUGGUACUGAUUGAUAAACUGCUCCCUAAGCUAAUUGCUGGUGGCCACAAAGUCCUCAUCUUCUCUCAGAUGGUACGCUGCCUGGAUAUCCUGGAAGAUUAUCUCAUCCAAAGGAGAUACACGUAUGAGCGAAUUGAUGGGCGAGUACGGGGAAAUCUACGCCAGGCAGCCAUCGACCGGUUCUGUAAGCCAGACUCAGACCGCUUUGUCUUUCUUCUGUGCACCAGAGCGGGAGGCCUGGGGAUCAAUCUCACAGCUGCUGAUACUUGCAUCAUAUUUGAUUCUGACUGGAACCCACAAAAUGACUUGCAGGCUCAGGCCCGAUGUCACCGCAUAGGCCAAAGCAAAGCCGUCAAGGUGUAUCGCCUCAUCACUCGGAACUCCUAUGAGCGGGAAAUGUUUGAUAAGGCCAGCCUAAAGCUGGGCCUAGACAAGGCUGUACUUCAGGAUAUCAACAGAAAGGGCAGCACCAAUGGAGUGCAGCAGCUCUCAAAAAUGGAGGUGGAGGACUUGCUCCGGAAAGGUGCUUAUGGAGCUUUGAUGGAUGAGGAAGAUGAAGGCUCCAAAUUUUGUGAAGAAGACAUAGACCAGAUUCUUCAGAGGAGAACCCAUACGAUCACCAUCCAGUCUGAGGGGAAAGGGUCCACUUUUGCCAAGGCUAGCUUUGUGGCUUCAGGAAACAGAACAGACAUUUCCUUAGAUGAUCCUAACUUUUGGCAGAAAUGGGCUAAAAUAGCUGAACUAGACACUGAAGCAAAGAAUGAAAAGGAAAGCUUAGUGAUUGACCGACCUCGUGUGAGAAAGCAGACCAAACACUACAACUCAUUUGAGGAAGAUGAGCUCAUGGAGUUUUCAGAGUUAGACAGCGACUCAGACGAAAGGCCCACGCGAUCCAGGCGCCUCAAUGACAAAACCAGGCGCUACCUACGAGCUGAAUGCUUCCGAGUAGAGAAGAACCUGCUUAUCUUUGGCUGGGGCCGGUGGAAGGACAUCCUAACUCACGGACGAUUCAAGUGGCACCUGAAUGAGAAGGACAUGGAGAUGAUUUGCCGGGCCCUGCUGGUAUACUGUGUCAAGCAUUAUAAAGGGGAUGAGAAGAUCAAGAGUUUCAUUUGGGAACUAAUCACCCCUACCAAAGAUGGGCAGGCCCAGACCCUCCAGAACCACUCAGGGUUGUCAGCCCCUGUCCCCAGAGGGAGGAAAGGGAAGAAGACAAAGAACCAGUUACUGCUCCCCGAACUAAAGAAUGCAGACUGGCUAGCCACCUGCAACCCUGAGGUGGUCUUGCAUGAUGAUGGCUACAAGAAACACCUCAAACAGCACUGCAAUAAGGUCCUUUUGCGAGUACGGAUGCUGUACUACCUAAAAGCUGAAAUACUGGGAGAAGCAGCUGAUAAAGCAUUUGAGGGAACUUCUGCCAGGGAGCUCGAUGUGCCUCUGCCCGACAUCGACUACAUGGAGAUCCCAGUGGAUUGGUGGGAUGCUGAGGCUGAUAAGUCCCUUCUCAUUGGCGUAUUCAAGCAUGGUUAUGAGAGAUACAAUGCCAUGAGAGCAGACCCAGCGCUUUGCUUUCUGGAGAAAGUUGGAAUGCCAGAUGAGAAGUCCCUUUCUGCAGAACAGGGCGUUACAGAUGUUAACUCAGACAUUCCUGAAAGAGGCAGCACGGAUAAAGAAGACAAUGCCGAGGACAAAUUAGAUGGCCUUCAGAAACAAACGGAAAGUUCCAGUGAUGGAGGCGAUGGCAUAUUUGGCGAAAAGAAGGAUGACAGCCGGGCAGCCCAGGAUGGCUCCGACCCAGACAAAUCGCCCUGGCCAGUUCCAUCUGCUCUCACAGCUCGUCUCCGGCGUCUGGUCACUGUGUACCAGCGCUGCAACCGCAAGGAACUCUGCCGACCUGAAAUCCUGGGACCAGGUAACCAAGGAUACUGGGUUCAGGAGGAAAUGUUCAGGAGAACCUCAGAAAUGGACCUCAUCAACAAGGAAGCCCAGAAGAGGUGGACUAGGAGAGAGCAAGCAGAUUUCUAUAGAACAGUAUCUUCCUUUGGCGUUGUUUAUGAUCAAGAAAAGAAAACCUUCGAUUGGACCCAGUUCCGCAUCAUUUCCCGUUUGGACAAGAAGUCAGAUGAGAACCUGGAACACUAUUUUUAUAGUUUUGUGGCCAUGUGCCGGAAUGUCUGUCGUCUGCCCACGUGGAAAGAUGGUGGUGAGGAAAACGUUUUGUCCCCUGAUGCCACCAUCUAUGUUGAACCCAUCACAGAGGAGCGGGCUGCUAGAACUCUGUACCGCAUUGAACUGUUACGGAAAGUUCGUGAGCAGGUGCUCAGAUGUCCUCAGCUGCACGAGCGCCCGCUCUGUAGGCCCAGCCUCUACCUUCCAGUCUGGUGGGAGUGUGGAAAGCAUGAUCGAGAACCUGCUCAUCGCACUGCCAAACACGGGCUCAACCGCACUGACUAUUACAUCAUGAAUGACCCCCAGCUGUCCUUCCUAGAUGCCUAUAGAAACUAUGCCCAGCAUAAAAGAACUGACACCCAGGCACCAGGAAGUCUCUGUUGCCUUUACCAGGCCAACUCCAAACUAUAUGAAUCUCUUACCUAUACUCAAAUGAGUAGGACUUCAGAGUCCCUUGAAAGUGAACCUGAAUCUGGUAAAAGUAGAAACAGAGAUGAUCAUCUUGUUCUGCCUGGGGGCAGCUUACCUGACAUGACUUGUGAAAUUAUUUCUAAAAUUCAAGAUGUCAUUUCCAUCAACCAUGAAGAAAGUCUGCUGCCUGAGUCCUUGGAUAAUAUGAUGUAUGGUAAGAAGGUCUCAUCCGAGCCAGGCUCUUUUCAAGAGAGUCAAAGUACCAAUACAGAAUCUAGAAAAGAUGCCAUUGUUAUCUCGGCAAGCAGAGAUGGGAGCUGCCAGCCUGGUGGCCAUGAGACAGCAAUAACUUCAGGCUCCUGUCUUAGGAGUAGCUUAGAAGAAGGAGUAGCUCAGAUGAACAUUAAAAUGAAAAAACAUUUGUAGUAUCUAUUUCAAAGGAAGGAGAGCCCUGCCGUAAAUGAGACAGGGCAGAGACCUGAAAGCUAGGGCAGUAGAAGCCAAUGCUUAGCUUCCCCUGUCCUAGAUGCAGGAAAUGAAAGUGGGUUUGUAGAUAUGUGCAGUCUUAGUGUCUGUGACUAAAGAAACCUCUCAUCUGAUCAACAAUUGAUUGAUUUAUUGAAAACAAAGUUAGAAAGUAAAUUAAUUCUGAAUCAGAACCAGAGUGAUGAAGAGGAGGAAGAGGAGGAAAAUGAGGAAGAAACCUUAGCAGUGGCAGCAGGCACAAGAGACAGAUCAGAGGUUUCGCAGCUCACUGAGCCUGCUGCAAAUAUCUCAAGGGAAAAGAGCCAAGACUUCCAUCUGGAUGAAGCCAAGAAAGGAAGCCUGGAGGCAAUAAGCCAGACUCCUGGACCACAGAGGGCCUUUCCUCCAGCAGCUUGUCAGUGCCACUGCAAACACAUGGAGAGGUGGCACAUGGCCUUGGGAGUGAUGAAUUUGGAAGUGGAGAAACCCAGGGUUUAUAACCCAGACCUAUACAGAAGCAGCCGUAUCACUGCAGUGGAAGGUGAGCCCACUACUGUUCCAUCAGAGCCAUUUAAAGUGAGACAUGAACUUUUAAAAGAACCUUGGAAAGAAAGGGCAGAGGGGAAAAAGUUCUCCACGUAUACUCCUGAAGGGAGUGAGCCCAAGUCCGAAGACAUGGAUUUUGAGAAUAAAGAUGAUUAUGAUCGAGAUGGGACCUGCCAUAGUCAAGACUACCCAGGAAAGUACUCUGAAGAGGAAAGCAAGAGCUCGGCAUCAGGCAUCAGGGACCUUGGGGAAGACCCCCAGGAGACCCGAGCUCCUACCAUUGCUCAGCUACUGCAGGAAAAAACCCUUUAUUCCUUCUCAGAGUGGCCAAAGGAUCGUGUGAUAAUUAACCGCCUGGAUAACAUCUGCCAUGUGGUGUUAAAGGGGAAAUGGCCCUCCAGCCAGCAGUACGAGCCCUCGGGUACACUGCCCACCCCUGUCUUAACUAGCAGUGCUGGUUCUCGAAAUGGCCUCUCAGAGCCAGAGGUGGCAGAACACAGUUUCAGCAAUGGGGCAGCGUUGGCAGCCCAGAUCCAGAAGGAGAGCUUCUUAGCUCCAGUAUUCACAAAAGAGGAACAAAAGCACAGACGUCCCUAUGAGUUUGAGUUGGAGAGGGAUGCUAAGGCUCGGAGCCUAGAACAGUUCUCUGCAACCCACGGGCCACCCCCCCAUCGUCCUCAAUGCUGGCAUGGGGAGUCAGCUAUAGAUCUCUCCUGCUCAUCAGAGGUCCCAGGAGCCACAUCCCCCUUUCCAGUGAGUGCCAGCACCCCUAAGAUUGGGGCUAUCGGUUCACUUCAAGGAGCCCUUGGCAUGGACUUGUCUGGGAUUCUACAAGCUGGCCUGAUCCACCCAGUGACUGGACAGAUCAUCAAUGAGCUUAGAAGAGACGAUGCUGCCACACGGAGGCGGAGAGGGAGACGGAAACAUGCAGAAGGUGGGAUGGACCUCAUCUUUUUGAAGGAGCAAACACUUCAGGCAGGAAAUCUUGAAAUCCAUGAAGACCCAGGGCAGGCCACCCUGAGCACCACACACCCUGAAGGGCCCGGACCUGUCACCUCAGCCCCCGAGCCAGCAGCUACCACCAACAACCAGACUGAGAAAGCUGUUCCCAGCAAGAGUCUGCUUGACUGGCUGCGGCAGCAGGCUGACUACUCCUUAGACAUGCCUGGCUUUGGGGCAAAUUUUUCAGACAAACCGAAGCAGAGGAGGCCACGCUGUAAAGAACCUGGAAAAUUAGACAUCAGCUCUCUGAGUGGAGAAGAGAGGGUUCCUGCUGUCCCUAAGGAGCCAGGACUGAGGGGGUUUCUUCCAGAAAACAAAUUCAACCACACCCUGGCUGAGCCUGUUCUCCGGGAUGCAGGCCCCCGCAGGAGGGGGAGACGGCCUCGGAGUGAACUCCUGAAAGCUCCCGCCAUUGUGGCAGACUCUCCCUCUGGAAUGGGGCCACUGUUCAUGAACGGGCUUAUUGCCGGGAUGGACCUGGUGGGAUUGCAGAAUGUGAGGAAUAUGCCAGGCAUCCCCCUCACAGGGCUGGUGGGCUUCCCAGCUGGCUUUGCCACCAUGCCUACAGGUGAAGAGGUCAAGAGCACCCUGAGCAUGCUGCCCAUGAUGCUGCCGGGAAUGGCCGCAGUGCCCCAGAUGUUUGGUGUUGGAGGACUCCUCAACUCACCUAUGGCGACUGCCUGCACGUCCCCUGCUCCAGCGUCUCUCUCAAGCACAACGAAAAGUGGCACAUCAGCCACUGAAAAGACUGCAGAGGACAAGCCAAGCAGCCAUGAUGUAAAAACUGACAUGGUAGCUGAAGACAAGCCUGGUCCUAGUCCGUUUUCUGAUCAGUCUGAACCCACAAUAACUGCUAGUAGUCCUGUGGCUUUUAACCCAUUUCUCAUCCCAGGAGUGUCUCCUGGACUUGUUUACCCAUCCAUGUUUCUCUCCCCUGGCAUGGGCAUGGCUUUGCCAGCCAUGCAGCAGGCCAGACACUCUGAAAUGGUCGGUCUAGAGAACCAGAAGAGAAAGAAGAAGAAAACAAAAGGGGACACCCCGAACCCUAACCCAGAGCCUGCUCCUGGGUGCGAAAGGGAGCCAGGCAGUGAUCAGAACUACACUGAGUCCAGUGCCCCUUUGCCCCCAGAGAGAGAACACAUGGCACAGGCUGGGGAAGGGGGACUGAAAGACUCCAGCAACGACACCAAUUAGAACUUUUUCAUUUAAGAAAUUAUUGUGACUUGUAAGUUUCUUAUCCCAUAAAGGUUUGUUACUUCCCUCACUUCACCUUCAUAAGAACCUGUGUUUCCAUAAGUAAUAUGACCUACCUAAUUUCCUGUAUGAAAACUAUGGUAACAGAUGUUAAUAGUUGCAGGGUCUUGCCACUUCGUUAGAUAAGUGUUGUCUACCUAGUCUAGGAGGCACGAUUCUCAUUCUGUUAUCCAGUUGUUCAUUCCAGCAAGCAUAGUUAAUACAGUACUGGUGACACGCCCUAUCCCCUUCUUGUCCAAGUUUCCCACUUAGGAAGAAAAUGAAAAAGAAAGCUGUCUAGGGAUUUACCAUUGAAGGGCUGAAGAACAGAGGAGCUCUCUUGUCCAUGAGGUAGGUCAAAUAGGAAGAAUGUAACAAGGAAACCAAAAAGCACAGAAAAAGGAAGUGCCAGUGCAUAUUUUUUAGUUAAAAUGUGUCCCUGUUUUAUCAUGAUUACUGAGUAGUAUAGUCCAAACUGUAUAACUAAUGGCUAAAAUUGCACACAUUGAUUUCUUUAUUAAAAAAACAAAAACCUUACUAGUAAUAAUUUCCCCCUUCAUUAUUUCUCGGAUACCUGCAGCAAGAAGAAAUACUGGCUGAUCAGGCGUGAUUUUACAUAUACAUACUGCCCUGCUCUCUGCAGUUGAAAGAUGAAUCUGAGAAAGCUUCAGAUACCUGAGUCACUGCCAGCAGCAGCAGGGCAGGGCAGGGUGCUCACUCCACAUGCCACUCGCUGCUGCACAGCACACGAUUCGCACCCUGCUCUCCCCUCAGGCUCCCAAGAACGUCUGGAGCCACUAAUUUGCCUGUGUUUAAAGAAUCCUAGUGGAGUUUUGUUUCCUUCACCAAGAACAAGGCUUUCCAGGGCCUGCAGGAAGGUGGUUGCUCAACACUUGUUAGGGUCUGUCAGGGUUAUUUAAGGUUGUCAGAACACAUGUACCACCUGUUACGCUACAACUGUGAAAAGGUUUUCCCCCUCUCCAUUGUUUCUCUACUCUGUUUAUAUCUGACAGUUGGACCCAGAUUCCAAAUGAUCAGUCAGCCAGGACUGCUGCUCCUUCCGCAGCUGCCCCGUGUCUAGGAACUGAGCAGGGAAGAGCCCGCCCAGCAGCACUUCCAGCUUUUGUUCACCUUCCCACUCAUGCCACGUCCCCCCAUGGGCUCCUCUCCAUGGACAGCUCGCCGCUCAGCACUCUGGGGGCACAGGGUCACGAAAAUACUGCAAGUGUUACUAGUACCAGUUUCACUUUUUGUUGUCACAAUUUACUGUAUUUUUUUACUGUUGCUCUUACAGUUUUGCUAAUUUAUCAGAAGGUCCAAAAGUUUGGCAUAACUAUUUCAGUUCGCAUUAUUUAUUUAUGAUGCUUUUGUCAUUGUCUUUUAUACAUUUGGAUUAUAAAUUAUGUAAAUGUUAAAAUGAGCAUCUCAAAGAAGUCUGUUAAAUCGUGACUGAAAAAAAUGAAUCAGAUGUAUUUUCAAAAAGUGGAGUCCCAGUUUUAUGAAUCAGAGAUAUAAACUAGAAGUACUAUAACUGAUCCUAUAAGAAGAAAGAAUCUGAUAAUUGAAUAAAUCCUAUUUAAUGGCAUUCUUGUAGUGUAGAUGGUCUAUAAUGCUGACAACAGAUUUCUUAGAAAUGCUGCUCUAUUUAACUAACAUUUUGUUCAGUUUUGCCUCCAGUGGAAGCAGAAAGGGUUUUUUCAGCUGUUAAAUCCUAAAAAUCAAUAUAAUUUAUUUAUGUAAAAAGAAAUCACUCAAUCAAUAUAUUUUUGAACCUUUUAAGUACUAAUUUUCUUUUUAUCAAGUAGAAAAAAAAUGUAUUUGCCCUAAAUCCUUAAAAUACAAAUGCUAUAAAAAUUCCUGUAUCUUGAAAGCCUUACUGCAAAUGAGUAUUAUAGACACCCAGCAGAGUCUGGUUCUCUUUGUUGUCCUCGUGUUGUUGUUGUUUUGUAUGGAAAGCUGCUUUCCCCAGGUUCCACUUAAACCUCCAGUAGGUCCCAGGGUCCACGUGGAUCUGAAGUAAGAACUCACCACGGCAUGCGCUAUCCCUUCUUGUAGCUUAUCAAACCUGUAUGUUAACUCUCGGGUGUUUAGGCUUCUGUUUGACUGCUGUUGUGACCCUGUUUGCAAAAUGAAACUGACACUCUGUGGAUUAUUUGCUCUGUAAGGCGUAAGUGCUUCUUAUGAUUACUUUGACGUUUCAAAGAGCAAAAGCCAAAUUUAAACUCUUCAGCAAACUUGAGCCUUUUCAUCUAAUUCCAUGUCACUCGCAGCCAUAACUUUCCUUGAUCAUUCUUCACCCCAUGUCUUACACAAUAAAUUAUCUGUGGUCUUGAUCCUGGAUUUAAAAAAAAAAAAGUUUAAAAGUCAAAUUUGUAUUUGAGAAGUUCAAUGACACUCGGGUGUCUCUUGCUGCCUGGGCAUUUUAUGGAUGAAUCAUAUGCACUUGAACAAUCUUUCCUGGGUGCCUAGUUCAUGCUGGCUACCCUAUUGAGGGCUUGCUGACUGUCCAUUCUUGGGGGCUGGCCUGACCUCUUUUGGACUACCCAAGCACCAGGUUAGAACAUGCCAUGGAAGGAAGUUGGCAGCACAGCUUCCUGCUCCAGACCCAGGUCUGGAAGCGCCCAGCUGAUACCCUGCCAAUGGUACUUCCUUAAACCCCAUACCAGAAGUAACCCUUCAGCCCACACCUGGGACUUCUGAGGGAACUACACUUCCGUGGGUUGGAGCAGGUCCCUAUGACACAGGAACACCUCAGUAACUGAAAUUCUCAGGACUUUGAGAAUUUGUGGUCCUUAGCUUUGGGAAGCAUGGCUCCUCGGCCCCAGAAGUGUUGUGGGAGGCAGUGCUGGAAAGCGCUGAAGCCUUGUUAAGACUGAGCAAGAUGCUUACCCAGGCCUCACCGUUUU